AUGACUAAUACACAUUUAUCUAAAACUACAACGUCAUCUAAAACAAGUGAAACUGAGUUUACUCGAAAUCAACAAACAAACAAUGUUAACAAAGGAACAGCACUCAAUUCUCCAUUUAAUAAUACACAACGAUUGAUAAAUCUUUUAUGUAUUAAAUUUCGUGAAAUGUCUUCGACAAAUUCUACAAAAUCGACUUUAUCAAAAGCUGAAAUUCAAGGUUUAGUAAUAUCAAGUGAUUUAUCUAUUUCAUUUAUAAAACCAGCUGGUGUAAGAAGUGAAUUUUGGACAAAUUUAUAA